AUGGAGGAGGAAGAAGAAACUGACGCAUCAGAUGAUGACAAGCUUGACGAAACGGAAGACAACGAUAAUGCAUCACAGGAUGCGAGGUAGGUCUUCAUUAAUCCACAAUAUAGACCUACCCUGUACUCACAAUAUUCUCCAGAACUCUGAAAAAAAUACUAAUUGGUUGCCUUCUCUUUCAGAUCGGCUGAUAGAGAACCAAAAUUUAUUGUGUUCUACAGUAUGUUGGUGUUUCACUGUUUUCAUUGUUCUGUUUCAAAUGCAAGGCACGGUCGCCAAGUGUUAAUGUAAAAGUCCAUGGAACAAUGGCAAUAGUGGAACAAACAUGCAAAGGCUGUAUGUGGAGGAGCCAACGACUGGUGCUGGGGAUCUUGUUGAGUUUUGCAACCCUCAUGUCUGAAUCCUCGAUUAGUAAAGUUUUGCUGCUAUUUAGGCGCAUGGGCCUUAAAAUAUACUGUGCUAGGACUUUCUUCUACCAUCAGAGGAAGUUUAUGUUCCCAUUAAUACUGCAAUACUGGGAAAAAUCCCGGGCAGUAUUAAUCAAACAACUAAAGGGAAUAAAGGAUACGGUUUGGGCUGGAGAUGGCAGAUUCGAUAGCAUGGGACAUUCAAUGUUGAAUUGUAAUCUGACCAAACUUGUGCACCUCAAAUUACUUCAGGUAUUUUGAAUUGAUCAUUUUGAUGCUGUACCGUAUUUAGGAAAAUAAUACACAAUCCAAAGAGUAAAAUCUUAAGACCCUAGAUAUGAUUUAAGGAGUAAACCCUUUCUAUAAUUACAUCACAAGUCUCUCCUUGGCCCAGGAGUCUCAUUCUCGUGCCAGUGAGUGAAUUGCAUUUCUUGUCGAUUUAUGGAAGCGAAGCUCCCAGGUCACGGAAGUAUUUGUAACGUAAAUAACAAAAGGGUGUAUUGAAUGAAAUAACUCAUCAUAUUACCUUAUCUUUACAGGCCAAUGAGGUUGGAAGUAGUAAUAAAUGGAGUUGGAAGGUGCCAAGCGCUCAUUUGACGCAAUAAAAGUCAAGGAGAAGCUCCCACUUGAGACGUUUGUUUUCGAUCGCCACCGUGGAAUAGGUAAAUGGAUGAGAACUAGUCAGAAGGAUACUACACACUAUUAUGAUAUCUGGCACCAGGCAAAGUCAACUGUAAAGAAAGUGUUGAAAGCAAGCAAAGAGAAAGGCUGCGAGAUAUAAAAAGAGUGGGCAAAAUCCAUCAGAAAUCAUAUAUACUGGUGUGCUGCAUCUUCCAAGCCUGGGUUUUGAGCCCUUAUAGAAGCAAAGUUAUCAAGAAACCUUCACCUGUGGUCCAAACUAGCUCCUUAGGUGUCCAUUCAGUGUUGAACCAUUGGCAUCCCAAGAUGAUUUGCUUUUCUUGGUUAGGGACACACUGAAAGUUAGUAACCAGUCUCAUAACUACUCGUCAGUAUACUUAUGCAAAAACCACUUAUAUUUGAUAGAAAUAGAGUAAUUUGACAAUAUGACUAAUAGUGACUUUCUUACCCCUAGGCACAUCCUAGCAUGCCUGCACUUUAACGAGAAUACCCAUAGGGAGACAAAGAUGUCCAAGAAAGGCACUCCAUAUGUUACCUACACAAAAUUUAAGAUGGGUGAAGAAAUGGUCAGAGAAAUUUCUGUCCCAGCAACAUAUAGUAUGUGUAUAUAGGCUAGUGUAAAAUGAUAUGAACCCAAAAAUAAAUGCUGGUACAUAUUUUAAUAAAUGGAAUUAUUUGAGUUAGCGGUGCAAGUCAAGCAUAUCGAAGAUGACUUAAAGCUAUUGAAAAAUAGAAUUGAUGUUCACAAAGCUGAUGAAACUGCUUUGAUAUGUAGGACUACCACAUGCUGAAGUGAAACGAGUUAUCUAAAAAGUGAGUUAGAAGUGGCUAAUGCUAAAAAUAAUAGAUGUCCAAGCGAAAAUCAAACAUCUCUAAAAUGAAAAAUCUAGCUUGACAACAGCAAUAAGAGUAACACAAGAAGACAACUCUCUGCAGUCAAAUGUAAACAGCACUGAGGAUGAUCAAGAGGGAAAGCAGUGUGUCGAAUGGUAUAAAAAGAAAAAGAAACGUAAACGCGAUCAGACUCGCACCAAACACCAACAAUUGCUAAGCAUGAAAAUUGUCCUGUCGAGACAACCUGUGCUGAUGAGUCAAAAAGUUUUAAAAAAAUAA